GCAGUAGUCUGUGACAUGAAUGGAACUGCAAACAUUUUAAAUAUUCUGAUAGAUGGUAAGGUGCGCAGGGCCAUUGCGUCACAAUUUGAUAUUCUGAUAGAUCCACAGCUAAAUAUCGCAAACAGUAAUAUUAAAGGUAAUUCUGGAACACGUACUAUUUACAUAAAAAUGUCUCGAGUUCUUGCUACCCGGAUAUGUCGGCGAGGAAUGUCGUACAGUGUAAGAGAUGCUAAACGACGCGCUAUGCUGGACAGAAUGAUCCGCGUAGACCAGGCCGGGGAAUUUGGUGCCGACAGGAUUUACGCGGGACAACUUGCAGUUCUAGGAAACUCCUCUGUUGGUCCAGUUAUCAAGGAAAUGUGGGAACAAGAAAAAGUACAUCUCAGCAAGUUUGAGACUUUGGUUAGGAAACACCGUGCUCGACCCACAGUCCUGCUACCAAUAUGGAAUGUUGCUGGGUUUGUCUUGGGAGCUGGUUCAGCACUGCUAGGGAAGGAAGGAGCAAUGGCUUGUACUGUGGCAGUGGAAGAUGUCAUAACAGACCACUAUAACAGUCAAAUACGGGAGUUAGUAGCAGAUAGUGCAGAAGAAAAUACAGAGCUGCUUGAGACCAUUAAGAAGUUUCGAGAUGAAGAAAUGCAUCACCACGACAUAGGUCUUGAAAAUAAUGCAGAACAGGCUCCCUUCUACAAUGCUCUGACACAAGUCAUAAAAGCUGGCUGCAGAGGUGCCAUAUGGAUUUCUGAAAGAGUCUGAUACUGUUUGGAUUUCAUACAGCUAUAGAUGUUUGAAAGGAUUUGAUGCCGAUAUGGAUUUUUGAAAGGAUUUUAUACUGAUAUGAAUUUCUGAAAGUAUUUUAUACCGAUAUUGAUUUCUGAAAGGAAUUGAUAUUUGUACAUAUUUUUGUUUCACGUAUGGGUGCAGAAAGUACAUAUAUACCAUGUUGUGUUUUUAAAAAAUAUAUUUAUAGCUUUAACCUAACACAUAUUUAAAACCACUUAAGUACACGUUGAGGUAAUGAGGAAGUCACUGGAUAGUCCUUUGAAGUUAAGGAUGCAUUAUAAUAUUAAGUAUAAUGAACUAAUAGGAAUCCUGGUGGACUAGUAAAAUUGUUGUUAGUACCGAUUCAGAAGACUAACGGUUUAUUUUUCAUUUCUGCACCUGUUAUUUGUGCUGGUAUGUGAAACAUAUUAUUAACUGUUAUGUACAGUCAGAUUUGUGAGUGACAAUCGACAGUAGCUGAAAUUGUGUUACCCUCUUAAAAAGAUCUGAUGAAUUAAAACUGUCUGGGCUUUCAGAAACAAGCCGAGCAGAAAUCUCA